GCUGACGGCUGUUGAACCAACGGGCGUGUCCGAUACAUAAUCGGUUAAACAGCCCGGUGCAAAGUUCUUCGCGCUCUCGCCCUCUCUUUUCGCCAGACUGCGCUGUGUCCGGUCACAGUUUCUCAGUUCUCCGGGAGGAUGAAGUCUAUGAACAUUACGGAAUCUACCACCAACAUGAUGGAAGAGGGAUACCCGGGGUACAAGAAGCCUAAGACAUCAUGUGGGGUGAAGAUGUACUUCGCGAUUUUGAUGCUGCUUCAGCUGGCUGUGGUCGCAAUAAUCGCUGCUAUGAUGUGGCAAGUGUUGGAUCUGGGAACACACGUCAAGAAAGCAGACAAUGGAGAGAGUGGUGGCCAGGUGGUAGUACCGACUACAAACAUGCCUCCGCAAGCUAGAGACAUCUGUAUGACACCGGACUGCCUGCGCACAGCCGCACGCUUGCUGGAGUACAUGGACCCUAGCAUUGACCCAUGUGAAAACUUUUUCGAGUACGCCUGUGGAGGAUGGCUGGCGAAAACCGAGAUCCCUCCGGACUCGGGAAGGUUCGGCACCUUCAACCAGCUUCGGGACGACCUGACCGCCAACAUGAGAGAUGUUAUUGAAGACACCGCUCUUGACAAAGGCGUGGAGGUGGUGGAGAAGGCGCGGACUUUGUAUCGGUCUUGCAUGGACGAGGGGAUGCUGGACGACAAAGGAGCCACGCCACUCACUAAUCUCACCACCCAUCUGAAUGGCUGGCCUGUGAUAGACGACAGCUGGAAUGGGGCCAAUUGGAACCUGUUGGACACUCUGACCAAACUCAUGAGAUACAGCAACAGUCUUCUCAUGAGUAUGUACGUCACUGCUGAUGACAAGGACUCAAGCGUCUACAUCCUUGCCUUCGACCAGGCUGAUCUUGGAUUGUCCAGUCGGGAAUAUUUCUUAAACCCUGGCUUGAGUAUUUACAAAGACGGUUAUCUGAAUUAUACCAUUGACAUCGCCCUACUAUUACGCGGGGACGGUAACCGCGCUACGGUAGAGUCACAGAUGAGAGCCAUGGUGGACUUUGAGACAAAACUCGCAAACAUCACAGCUCCUCCAGCCGAACGUAGAGACCCAGAGGCAUUGUACCACAAGAUGAAGCUGUACAACAUGUCUGACUACUUUGAGUUCCCGUGGGUUGAGUACGUGAACAACGCGGCGUACAAUCUGGGAGAGACCAUCACAGAAAAUGAAGACAUCCUGAACUAUGCCCCCGACUUCUUCAUGAAACUUGGACCACUUCUGGCUGAAACAGACAACAAGACCAUUGCCAACUACAUCGUUUGGAGAAUGGUACAGAACAGAAUUGGAAACCUGGGAAGUGAUUUCCUGAAGAUCCGUGAGAAGUUCAACAGGGACAUCUUCGGCGUGGAGCCUUCCUCCAGGUGGGAGACCUGCGUGUCGGUGGUGAACAGCGUCAUGGGAACUGUCGUCAGCCGUCUGUACCUGCCCAAAUUCUUCCAGGAAGAAAGCAAGGAAAAGGCUGUAGAAAUGAUCGACGGUAUCAGGAUUGCCUUCAAUGAACUGCUCAUCGAGAACAAUUGGAUGGACGAUGCCACAAGAGCUGUAGCUGAAGAAAAGGCAGCGGCUAUGAAACAGUUCAUCGCCUAUGAUGACUACAUCGUCAACAAUCUGACUAGAUUGACUGAGGAUUAUGAAAUGCUGCACUUCCAGGAAACUGAGUAUUUCCAGAACGUUCUGCACAAUCUGGAAGUUUCCAACAACGAGUCCUUCACCUACCUGAGGAAACCGGUGGAGAAGGAUGAGUGGAUAUCUUCGCCGACCAUUGUAAAUGCCUUCUACUCUCCAUCCCGGAACUCUAUUACUUUUCCAGCUGGCAUUUUGCAAGGCCCAUUUUACGACGGAACAUACCCAAGGUAUUUGAACUACGGCGGCAUUGGUGCAGUCAUUGGUCACGAGAUUACCCAUGGUUUUGAUGACUCAGGUCGUCAGUUUGACAAAGACGGUAACCUGAACCUGUGGUGGGACCCUACCGUAGCCGACAGGUUUAAGGAAGCCGCUCAGUGCGUUAUGGACCAGUACAGCAUGUACCAGUUUGAGGAGGCAGGGGGCAUGAAUUUGAGCGGAGUUAUCACUUCUGGUGAGAACAUUGCUGACAAUGGAGGCAUGAAACAGACCUUUAGGGCUUACCAGAGUUGGGCUGCAGCCAACGGGCCGGAGCCAACACUGCCUGGACUGGACCUGAACCAGGAACAACUGCUCUUCCUCAACUACGGACAGAUCUGGUGUUCCAAGUACCGUUACCAGAGUGCUGUCAGCCAGGUGCUCAACGGCCCGCACAGUCCCGGCAGAUUCCGUGUGAUCGGUACAUUGUCCAAUACCCCUGGGUUCGCCACGGCCUACAAGUGCCCUGUCGGAUCAAAGAUGAACCCCGUGAACAAGUGUGCCGUCUGGUAGAUGUUUUAUAGAACAAUCGGGACUACAUAUAGUACCAUACAAUAUAAAAAAAAGUAAUAAAACAAAAUCUAUGCAAAGUGUGCUUUCUGAGAAUUAUCUGUGAUAUAAUAAUAACGCCAAUAGCAUUAUAUAUACAACACUUAUAGAAAAUUUAAUAAUUUAGGAAUUAUGUAUUAAACAAUCAUUAUGAUAUAUGAUACGUGUUUUGAUAAUUUAAAAUGUAUUAAACAAUCCUAUAUUUUACGUGUUGGUAGAUAACACAUUGUAAAGUUCUUCAGCUUUGAAUGCAGCGCACAUAGAUAAUGUAAUGGCGAGCGGUUGAUAACAAAGACUAACUCGCCAUAGGAUAUUGUUUGGCCACAUUCAUUGGUCUUCGUUUAGUACCUGACCCAUACAUUUCUGACAGCAUGACGUCAGAGGUAGGUCAAAGGUCACCUGAAGUCGAUCUCGUCCGCCGUUCUGUUCAUAGAUGUUGAUGGGCUCUAUUGUAAAUGACCUUAUUCAUACUCAAAUGAUGUAUUAAUUUGGUAUUCCUAAUGGAAUAGAAAAUAAGUAUCCUUGUUGUAUGUGUUUUUUCUUGAACAGCUAGAAGUGAUAACGCUGCUUUUGGUUGGGAUUUGAGUUUUCUUUUUCUGUUAGCUAAACGGUACUUACAUUUAAACGUCUCAUGUCAUUUCUC